AUGGCGACAUCAGAUCAAGUUUUGGUACGUGAUGAGCAUUUUUACUGCAGUAUUUGUUUGGAGAUAUAUGACACACCUAGAACAUUACCAUGUUUACAUUCAUUAUGUCAGGAAUGUUUAAAAGGUUAUAUUCUAAAGAUAACACAGGAUUCACAAACAUUGUUAUGUCCAGUUUGUAGAGCGGACACGAAAACAGAUAAAGUCAGGUUUAAACAGGUUGAAAAGUGGGUGGAGAAUUUUCCAAUUAACUUUACUCUACUUUCGAUUUUGCAAGAAAGAAAAUUGGCGAUGAGCGCAAAGGGAAACGAUUGUGAGGCGUGUUUAAGGGAGGAUAUCAAGGUUGAAGCUAUUGUCUAUUGUUAUGAUUGUUCUGAAAAACUGUGUGAAGAUUGUAAAAGACAUCAUAAAAAGAGUAAAUCAUCAUCGCACCAUAAAUUGAUAGACAUUAGUGAUGGAUCGGUGGAAAAGUUAGAUCUUGCAGAAUUCGAAUAUUUAGCAAACCUGUCAAAAUGUCCAUUGCAUGGUACUGAAGAAGUGAAAUAUCUUUGUAAGGACCAUGAUCAACUUUGUUGCAAUGAAUGCGCGAUCGUUACUCAUAGAAAAUGUGAAGAUAUGGUAUCUUUAAGUGAAGAAAUAAAAUCAAACAAGGAAGCCAGCAAAGAAUCCCGUAUUGAAACAAGACUUGUUACCAUUGACGGUGACGUUGAAAAGCUCAUUUCGCAUGAAGCUACGUAUUCAGCAAAGAUUGGUGGGAAAGAAGAUGAAGUGAAAACAUGUUUAAAAGAUCUUAAGGUAAAACUUGAUGCCGCCUUUUGUAAACUUGAAAAGAGGAUCAUGUUGGAAAUGUCAGAAAGGAAACAGGUAUUAUUAAAAGCUAGUUCAUUACAGAGAGAUACAGCAGAGCAACUAAGAGAGAAUAUUAAAAAAUGUGGAGAGAAAAUGAAAAUGGCCAAAGCAAAUGGAACAGCGAUACAUUUAUUUCUCCUUGAAAGAGAAAUGCGUAAACAUGUUACAGAGUUUGAGAAAACAUUCAUAACUCUUCGACAACAAUCAAGCAAGUCAUUGAUCACUCUGUCAGAAGCACAUCCACUUGAAGAUGUUGUAAAAAAUGUUGAAAAUCUUUACCAGUUCAAAGAAAUCAAAGAAGAGCCAGUUUUGCCUGCAAUUACACAAACUAAAGAUUUCAAGAAUAGGAAACUUACUUUGGAACGGGAGGUCAGUUUGAAUGAGAGCCAGCCAAAAUAUUGUGUUUGGGUUGGAAAUUACAUUGUAGUAUCAUUUGUAUCUUCUUCAAAGUUAGUAGCUUACAAAGCAGAUAACGGUUCAUCUGUUACAUCAUAUCAAUGUGAUUCACCUACAUCAGUAACAGCUACUGAGAAUGACGAAUUUGCUGUUGCCUUGCCAUCAUCAAACAAAAUAAAUAAU